AUGCGGGUGGCUUUCUACAGAGAUCGCAAGGGCAAGAAGUGCUCCGCCUUCGACGCGAAGGACCUAGAGGUCAGCGUCACCGAGGAGGACGUCCGCAAGAAGGGCCUGGAGGAGCUCGACGACUACAUGACGAAGAGCAGGUGGAUGGCUGCUCGCAUCGCGGAGGAGCCCGCGAAGGCCGAGUGGAGCAAGACGCAGUGGGACAACGCUUGGACGGCUGCCUUGGACGCGCCUGACGCGCAGAAGAUGUUUGUUCGGGGCCGGUGGCUGCUCGGGGAGUUCCUCGGCGCCCAGGUGAAGCAGGGCCAAGCCAAAGUCUUCCGGGGCGCGGUCAAGCGCAAGUCCGAAGCGACCAGCGCCGACCACUUGGGCCAGCUUGCGGCGGAGGCCGCCGAGAUGGGCAAGGAGUGGCAGAGGAUGAGCGGGUCCAUCGCCCCGACUGUGACGCCCUCCGCCGACUUGGUGGAGCAGCACGCCCCGAAGGAGGGCAAGGUCUGCCCCGAGGUUCACGGCGCCGGGCUCGUCGCCAGCUUCCAGGCCGACAUCGCGAUGGCCGCCCAGGAGGAGGAGGCCGAAGCAGCAGCUGCGUCUUCAGCCAUCGUAAGGACGAAGGCUUCUCCGCCAGCGAAGAGCAGGGAGAGGUCCAAGAUGAUCCUGCAGCUGGCCUGGGAUUCCGAUAUAUCUAAGGCAUCGUCAUCGCUGAUCGCUUCGGUCACUGCGAGGCGCGAGAAGAUGGACGAGGCCAUCGCGGAUACCCUCUGCGACGACAUGACCGAAGAUAACGCGUCGGAGAUGAAGGCCGUCUCGGACAAGUGCUUGACUACCUUCCAGAGCUUGAAGGCCAAGACGGACUUGCUUCUCACCAGCUGGGAGAGUAGGCCGAAACCUGAGACCGAGGCGCAGUGCAAGGAGCAGCUGAAGGAGCUCACCGAACAGAAAGCCGUGUGGACUCAGCCCAAGAAGGACGAGACCGAGGCCGUUGCCUUCAACACGGCGCUCAAGGCGAUGACCGACAAGACGAGGGACUUCAGGAAGGCCUCCGAGAUACUGCAGAAGCAGAAGGCCGCGAGGAGCGCCCACGCUCACCGCGCCGAGAGCGGGGGGGCAGGCGUGUCCCGCGAGCUCCCAAUCGUCCCGAGGCUGCGUCACUUCGCGAAGGGCGCCGGCGAUGACUUCAAGGCCGGGGGCUGCGCGACGGCCUUCGGGGCGUACUUCUCCGACGGCGUCGGCCGCCCCGUCGGCGCGGAACCCGCUCUCAUGAAGGCGGCAGUCGUGGACAAGCUGACGAAGCUGGAGCACUGCAAGUCGCGCCACGACUGGGUGGAGAACUACGUCCAGAAGAACGGGCUCGAAGGCGCGAACAGCGACAUCGUGAGCGCCAAAGUCAACGCCGCUUUCAGCCCGCAGAUGUGGCUCUUCAAGCUAAAGUGGUCGGCCGUGACGCUGUCGCCGAAGGCCCUUCCCGAGGUCCGGGUCACCAUGGCGGGUUCGGAGGUGAUCUACGGCGUCAAGCUUUCGGCCCCGAGCAAGGAGACCCUCAAGGAAAAGCUGAACGAGUUCGGCAACAUGAGCACCGACAACGUCAACGAGCUGGUCAAGAAGUGCGGCUUCACCUUCGUGUCUGAGCCGGGGAGCGUCCUCGUCGCCCCCGCGGGUUAUGCCGUAUGCACUUUCAUUGUGGGCGACCAGACCUGCGAGGGGUUGCGCUGGCCCUUCACUCGCGAGUCGGAGCCCGCGCUGGAGCGCCAGGUCAUCCGCUCCACCCUGGAGCUGGCGACGAAAGAGUUCGGCGAGGACGAGGCGAUCGAGGCGCUGAAGGGCGCGCUCGAGGCGGCGUGA